GUCCAAAGGUGAAGAUAAAAUGAGUGACACAGUGAACGACUCAAAUUCCCAGGGGAAACGUACGAAUCCAGGAAACUGUAGAACCAAUCACAGUAGAGAUCCCAAUCCUGGAGAUGACCUUUGGACUGAUGGUCUUAUUUGUGCAUUUGAAUUUGUUCGAGGUCGGCGAAGAUCAAUUAAGUCAAAGCACUCAUCAAGGACCUCAGAUAGAUUACAAAUGGAAGGUGAAUAUUCAAAAAUGCUUGAUCCUUUAAAUGAUCUGAUAGAUUCCUCUUCCCCGAGGUUAUAUGGAAACAAGUUAUCAGAUUUGUCAUCUGCAAAUGACUUGAGGGGCAGUAGGUUACAUGCCAUAGAUGAUGAAAAGGACAGCAAGGUCCUUCAGUUUAGUCAAUCCGAUGUCACAGAAAAAUAUGAUGGUAGUCAUUGGGUGCCAAUUGGAUGGGCAAGGAUUUCCGAACUCGUCCAGAAAGUUCAGGUUGAUACAGUCUGGUCCUCUCAACACUUUGAGUUUGCUGAUGAGGAAGAUGAUCGCACUGUGGCUGAUCUGGCAGCUCCCUAUUGGGAGCGUCCUGCUGGGCCUAUAUGGUGGUGCCAUGUUUCUGCAGGUCACCCAAACAUUGAAGCUUGGCUCAGCAAUGCUCAAUGGUUACAUCCUGCCAUUAGUUUGGCUUUGAGAGAUGAAAGUCGGCUGAUAAGUGAUCGGAUGAAACAUCUCUUGUAUGAGGUCCCUGUCAGAGUUGCUGGGGGGCUGUUAUUUGAGCUCUUGGGACAAUCGGUUGGUGACCCUCUUGUUGAUGAAGAUGACAUCCCCAUUGUACUUAGGUCUUGGCAAGCUCAAAACUUCCUAGUAACCGUAAUGCAUGUAAAAGGAUCAGUUCCGAGUGUAAAUGUUCUGGGAAUCACAGAAGUUCAGGAGCUUCUUUCUGCAGGAGGGUACAACGUGCCCAGAACAGUCCAUGAAGUUAUAGCACAGCUUGCAUGCCGCCUUUCUCGAUGGGAUGAUAGGCUAUUCCGUAAAUCUAUAUUUGGUGCAGCAGAUGAGAUUGAAUUGAAGUUCGUGAACAGGAGAAACCAUGAAGACCUGAAUCUCUUUAGUGUAAUUCUUAAUCAAGAAAUCAGAAGGUUAUCAAGACAGGUUAUCAGGGUGAAGUGGUCACUCCAUGCAAGAGAGGAGAUUGUC